AGUGAUCGUUAGUUUAUUUUAUCGUCGCGCUCGUGUUGCGAUCGAGUAUCGAAGCCGACCUUGCUAAAUUUUUAUUCAGUAAACGUCGAACAUGCUUCGUCCAACGACUUUGUUCAUCGUGUUAGCAACGAGUCAAUUUGCAGCGGGUGUUAAUUUACGAUAUAAGGAUUCUAAAUUCGACUUGAAAGGAUUGGUUGCCCCCGUGUUUACGCCGUUUCUCGACGAUGAAAACAGAAGCCUCAAUCUUAAAAUCAUACCCGAUUACGCCGAGUUUCUUGCAUCUAAAAACAUAAGUGCCGUCCUAGUGGCUGGAUCGACCGGAGAAGGAACGCUACUGUCCGUCGAGGAGAGAAAAAAAUUAGCCGAAGCGUGGUCGAGAGCCGGCCGAACGAAUAAAUUAAGAUUGAUGAUACACGUCGGCGGGGUUGCACCGAUCGACGUGCAGAAUCUCGCAGCCCACGCGGAAAGUAUCGGAGCUGACUCGAUUCUCUGUUUGCCGGAUUUAUAUUUGAAGCCUAAAAGCACCGAAGAUCUGAUCGAAUACUUGGACGGCGUCUCGAAAGCUGCACCUCGGACGCCGUUGAUUUACUAUCAAUCUUCAAAAGUACCGAACAAUGUGAGACCUUACGAUCUUCUGACGCUCGGAGGAAAAAGAAUCUCUACACUGGCAGGUAUAAAAAUCGACAGCAGCGACAUCAAAGACGGACUCGAGGCUCUUCGAGCUAACGAAAACACCGGCAAGAAUUACACCAUAAUUUACGGCAGUAAAAUGCCCAUUCUGCCAGCUUGUGGCCUCGGCGUCGAGACCUUCAUGACGGCCAGCUUGAACUUCGUCCCCGAAGCGGCUUUCGAGAUCAUCGAGUUCUGCGGGGGCCGGAGCGAUCUCGAGGCUGGCCGGGCGGCUCAGAAGCGUUUGAGCCAGAUGGAGCGAGACGUUUUGCAAUACGGCGGCUACGUGGAGGCGAUGAAAACAGCCACGAGCUUGGCGAGUGGCCUGUACUUGGGACCACCUCGAGCACCCUUCAGAAGCUUGUCGCUGACGGCCGCCGAGAAGAUGUCGAAGGAUCUGGCGAGACGCGGACUGAGCACCGAGCCGAGCACGCUGCGCAAUUAUAAGAACUUGUAG